UGCGCGCGGCGCCGGGAGACUCCCGCGGCCUCGCCUGCCGGCCUGCGCCCCUCGUCCCGCGCCGCCAGCCAGCCCCGCGGCCUCCUCCGGCCGCUCCCUCGGCCCGCCUGGCCCCGCCAUGGCGCUCAACAAUUUCCUCUUCGCGCAGUGCGCCUGCUACUUCCUGGCCUUCCUGUUCAGCUUCGUGGUGGUGGUGCCGCUGUCCGAGAAUGGCCACGACUUCCGCGGCCGCUGCCUGCUCUUCACCGAGGGCAUGUGGCUGAGCGCCAACCUGACGGUGCAGGAGCGCGAGCGCUUCACCGUGCAGGAGUGGGGCCCGCCGGCCGCCUGCCGCUUCGCCCUGCUGGCCAGCCUCCUCUCGCUGUUGCUCGCCGCGGCGCACGCCUGGCGCACGCUCUUCUUCCUCUGCAAGGGACACGAGGGCUCCUUCCUCUACGCCUUCCUGAACCUGCUGGUCAGUGCCUUCGUGGUCUUCCUGGUCUUCAUCGCCAGCACCAUCGUGAGCGUGGGCUUCACCAUGUGGUGUGACGCUGUCACGGAGAAGGGCACCGUGCCCCACAGCUGCGAGGAGCUCCAGGACGUCGACUUGGAACUGAACGUGGACAACUCUGCCUUCUAUGAUCAGCUCGCGGUCGCCCAGUUCGGCCUCUGGGCCUCGUGGCUGGCCUGGCUGGCCAUCACCAUCCUGGCCUUCCUGAAAGUCUACCACAACUACCGCCAGGAGGACCUGCUGGACAAACUGGUCCACGAGAAGGAGCUGCUGCUGGCCAGGCCGGCCCCCCAUGCCGCCUUCCAGGGCGAGAAGAGCGCCGUCAUCUAGGCCCGGCCCCGGACGCCCCAUCCAGGGCACAUGGCCUGCCCUGGGGCCGCGGCCGGGGCUCUGCCCGGCCCCCCGCGACUUGCAUGCCUCCCCUCGGCACUGCGUGUACUGAGCGACCCCCUCACCAGGCGCCCCGUUCCGAGCCUGAGCGGCGUGGCAGCCGACGGGGGUGGGAGGGCCUCCCCCAGGUGCCACGCGGGGGCAACGGGCCUGUCCCCGUGUCAGCCUGGAGGGACGCCCUCCGGCCAGCAGGCUGGCUGUGGUCCCCCUGCUCCCCGGGCCUCGGCUGGAUGCCAUCUGCGUGAUUUCCUGCAAGGUUCCGUGGCAGCAGCCCGAGUCCCCAGCGUGACCCCACCGGCCCGCGAUGGUCACACUUGUCACUUGCUCCUGAGCCGCGUGUGGACAAGAAUCCCACCACCUGCGAGAAAGAGCCGAGUGUGGGACGGAGCUGCCCUCUGACCCCGGGUGGUCCCCACCCAGGGCUGAGUCCCCUCUGCUCGGCUCCAGAGCCCCUGGGGCCAGACUAGUCUCAGCGCUGGAAGCACAGGCACGGGGGGGCUGGACCUGGGGUCAGGUGGUGGCUUCGCGGGCGUCCUGGGGACUUGCCCGGGGAGGCCCCGGGGGCCCCCGUGCGGGCUGGGCCUGUGCUUGGGGGGCGGAGACAGGGACUCCAGAUGUGGAGGUGCCAUUUCUCAGGGGAGCGGGGCCCAGGUGCCACUGCGGGUGUCUGUGUGCACGGGAGGCACGUGAGGGUGUGCGUGUGUGAUGUGGGCGCACAUGUGGUCAGAGUGUGUGCAUGUGUGUGAGUGUGCACAUGGGCCUGCAUGGCGAGGUGUGAGCGUGUGUGAAUGUGGGUGUGAGUGUGCAGGUGAGCGUGCCCAUGCACAGGUGUGUGGGAGCGUGCAGGUGUGGGUGGAGACCAGAGCAGGCAGCUGUCUGCAACCCCGUCCCCGGGGGCCCCCAGGGCCCCUUGCACCCCAGAGAAGGGGGCUGCCUUCCCAACUCAGGAGGCCCCGAGGGCACGGCCCUGCCCCCUCGGCAGCAGGUGGUGGAGCUGGGAGGGGAGCCGGGACCCUGGAGCUCUGCGACAAGCCACCCGGAGCUGCUUGGCUGUGGACGCCCCUCCUCUAGGGGCUCCCCGGCUUCUGCACCCUGUCCUCCGUGUCCUGUCCGGGAUUGGGGUGCCCGAGGUGUAAGCACGCCCCGCCCCUCCCCUGAGCUUAGUAAAUAGUUUCCUGGUCUGGCCUGCGUGCUAGUUUGCCCCCCACCCUCCAGGGGAAGGUGAGCCCCCAGCUCCCCAUGUCCAUGGCUCUCACCACCGGUGGAUGGUUCAGUCUCCCAAAAAGCGGGGGAACAGGGCGUCCAGAGGCCACGGAUCUGGGCCUGGGUCAAGGUGCCAGGUGUGGCGGGCAGCCCGGGCAGGAAGGCUGCAGGUCACUUGUCAUGACGCUGCUCAGCUGGCACCUUUUGGGAGUGGGGGCUUGGGACCAGGGUGACUGAGGUUCCUGGCAUCUCAGGUGCUCUGGCCCCGGGCCUGGCUGAGAGUUUUGGGAAGAGCAGCAGGGUCCUUGGGGAGGUGUUUUGACAGAACCUGAGGCCCCCGAGGGGAUACGCCCGCCCUAGCCCACUGGCCGUGGGGACCCUGUCCGGCCCCGGAGAGCCCCUGGUCUCCAGCAGAAGGUGGGGUGGCUCUGCCUUGUCCCCCAACAGGUAGCAGCCGUCUGGGCCCUGGAGGGAGGAGCAGGGCCAGGAUGUGGGCUUCCGGAGCCCGAGGCUCUGCUGCGGAUUUGACGCCUGUGGAUGGCCUGGAGCUGAUCUGAGCAGCCCCUUGGUCAGGCGAGCAGAGACCUGCGUGCGCUUACAGGGCCACCUGCAGAGCGGGACUGCCGCUGACACGCUGGCUGGCUGCACCGGCACCCCAGACAUCCCCACCCCGGGGGCUUCUGGGAGAGGCACAGCUGGCCCCGGGGAGGGGGUACUGGGACAGGAGCCGCGCGCCCUUGCAGUGGGCAGGGGACGGACCCUCCGGGGCCGGACAGGAGGGGUGGCCGUGCCUCUGAGGCUCCUGAGGUGGGCGCACCCGAUCGCUUCCAUGAUGCCUUGCUUCUCCCCGCUGCUGUUUGAUAAUGGACAUCCUGUUUUACUUCUA